AAAUUUAAUUUAAAAUUAAAGAGCCCAAUGUGUGCAAUCCAUAAUCGAAUGAUAUAUACAGCCUGCGAUCGGUGAUAAUGAGCGCGGCGAUGAGCAAUCGCUAAUCGCGAGUGCAAAACCUGAGUAGCAGCAGUAACAACAGCAACAUCAACAAAAGCAGCAGGCGAAUCCAACCCACACCGCCCGCUUCUCCCCGCUCCACCCACACACACACAAACACACACAGUGCAACAGCGAUGGAGGCGUUGGAAGUGGAAGACACCAGCGAUGACAGCCUACCCAUGGGGUUCCCAGAAGUGGGCACCUGGAACAGCACCCACAAUGUCUCCUUGAACGACAUGAAUCUGGAUGCGCGCAUGAUAUGGUUGCUCGCCUCGCUGCUAACCACAAUCACCUGGGUGACUUAUAUUACCUUCUACAAUUCUCGAGUGAUUGGGAUGCUGAUAACGAAGAUCGCCAACCGUUGGUUCAUCAAGGGCGCAUACUUCAAAAUCGGUUCUGUUGCCCUAAAUCCGCUCGCAGGGAAGAUAAUGUUCCGAGACUUCGUCUAUAUUACGUAUGACUACACAGUGCGGGCGCAGGACGGAUACUUCAUAUUUCGCUGGUGGCGCUCCUAUGUGCCCAAGGAUGUCUCAGAAGAUCUUUCUCAUUCGGACACGCGACUUUCGGUCCAGUUAAAUGGCUACGAGCUGCAUAUAUACAACAGAUCGGAUUUGUACGACACGCUGGAGAAGACCUUUGGUCUAGAACCAUCGCUGCUUAUACCGACAGAUGCGGCCAGCAAUGAGGAACGAAACAAGCUCAAGGAGCACCACAUGAACCUGGAAAACGCAAGACAGAGCCAAAGGAUUCAGAAUGUAAAGAACUCGGAGGCUAUGCAGGCCACCACCUGGCGGGACUUAAUACCAGUAAUUAAAAUUGACGUCUGCUCCGGUCGCUUUGUGUUUGGAAACCGAUUAACGCCAACUACACUAUCGAUUUCCGUAGAGGAGGCCCAUUGCACCUACAGUACCAAGCCAGCUGUCUGUAGAUUGGAUCACUUUAUGCACUUUGUGAAGGCCAAAGUCGAAAAUGCGAAAGUGCUCUUCUGUCCGAGUCCCAAGUAUACGGGUUUGAUUGAUGAACCACCACGAUAUAUGGGCGAGGGCUUUGUAGUGAUGAUGUCCAAUCAAAUGGAUCUGUAUUUCUACAUGGACGAGCCAGGAGUUGUGCCGGAACAUCCUGUACAGAUUGUCCUGCCCAAUGGUGAUGUUGUAGAGCCUUCGCCUCCGGUCUGGGGCAUAAAUGCAAGGUGUCUCAGAGGCACUGAUUUCAGCUAUGGACCUUGGGCAGACCGUCAAAGAGAUCAUCUGUACAAGUAUUUUUACCCUUCAGAUUGGAAGCAGGCGGAAGUUACUCCCACACCCCAGCCAGGAGAACUUCGCAGUUAUCAAUCCUUUGAUGUGACAUUAUGCGUGCUUAAUGAGGCUACUAUUGACAUACUCUUUUCCAAAGAAAAAGAGACGAACGCAAUGCACAUUACCGUGGGACCUGCUUCAUAUGUAGAGGUAACAAUUCCCUGGGUCACGCAACCCGAUGGUUACACGUCGAAGAUCCAGGGACAGCUUUUCCACGUGGAGGCCACCACAUCACUGCAGUAUCGCAGCUUGGCAGAGUUUGAGUCCUUAGAGUACAAGGUGCGCAUACACUACCCGACCAAGUGGAACGCACCACAGGAUUGGAGCAUUUCUCUUUCCGGCUGCAAGACGAGUGCUUUCAUAGUGUACAAACACAAGUGCUUCUUUCAGGAUCUCAUCGAGGAUUGGGCUAAUAAGGCCAGGCCGGAUAUACUCAGUUUUGUCCCGUAUACCUGUAACUUUAGCAUCCGGCUGCAUGAGUUCGAAAUUCUUAUGCUUUGCAACGAGUACAAUUGGAUCGAUUGCAGUAGUGCCAACCAGGAGAACAAUCAUUUGGCUUUCUGUGGAGACGUCUUUGAGAUGAGUUUCGCCCUGCCCUUUGACGAUUUUCUGCCCAAGACGGUUACUCUAAAGUUUUGGAUCCACGGAGAGGGUUUGGAUUUGAGCUUAUACGUACCGGAAGUCUCCUCGGUGCGUCCUAUUGUUUUAGCCAUAGAUGAGAACGCAAGACUGCUGACCAGGGAGGGCAAACUCAUCCGGCGCCCAGAGUUGUACUCCAAGAAGUGGCGCAAGAUUUGUCAGCGCUCUGCCGGUUGGAUUGACUGCUGGGCAGUGCCUAUUCUGGCACUGUCAAUUCAGUACGUCUAUCAUCCUGUUCCACCAUUAGGACCAGAUCCUCAAGCGGAUAUAACUACGCCAGAAAAGGAGGAGAUCUUACUGAGUCCUAUGCGGAUACCGAAAGUUAGAAAAUCACCAGUUAGUAGCUGGCAGCAGCCACCAGAACAGUAUAGUAAGUUUGAUCCCGGAACGCUGGCCGCGGACCAUGUUACUGUGGAACUGGAGAUUGGUAGUUCCGUGCUUAUGGCUUAUGGGAAUGUGCUGCGAAACUUUAUCAGCCUGAAGGAAAAUAUUUUCGGAGAGGAUCAGAAUUUCACGGACAUGGAGCAAUCCAAUGUAAAUAUGAAGGAGCCCGGAGCUGCCCAAGUAAAUCCCAAAGAUCAACUUCUAGCCAAAGAAAAAGAGCUGGCCAAUAAAUCCAUUUCAGAGACUCAACCGCCCGAGGAAAAGCGCAAACCCUUCGAUCCUCGUCUAUAUCGUCCCCUGGAGGUGAUGGUCUCUGUUAUUGUGCAUGACAUUCAAGCGCACGUAAUGAAGAAUUGCAAUGAAGAUGAUCCGCCAUGUCCAGUGGUCCUAAUUGAAAGAUUCGGCUUCGAGAUGAAUAAGAAGUAUCAUGAAACCACUCUGCAAGUACUAGUUAGUCCGUCGUAUUUACUGACCUCGGAUUGCCUGCAACGGUCACAGAGGGAGCAGCAUAUUAACCAGGGUCACCUAAUGCUCUCCGCAGUCCAGGUCAGAGGUCAUGCCAUGUUCAGCAAUGAGGGCUGUGCUCUGGACGAGGACACUUUGGAAUACUCCUGGCUCGUGGAAGUGCAGUUGGGCAAACUUACCGGAAAGCUUACCCUUCCACAGCUAGUAAACGUCGUUACAGGUCUGGAGACACUUAUACUCUUGGCCAUUGAUCCGGAGAACUGUUUAAAGUCACCUAAGACAGUAAGAAACUGCCAUCACGGAGUGCCCAGCAAUUUAUGCCCUCAAACGAAGGAAGAGAAGAAAUACAAGUGUCCCUCCUCCGAGGAUAUAAAAUAUAAAAUGACUCGCGUUUCGGUGGAUGCAGUGGAUGUAUAUCUGAUAGAAAGUGGCACGGCGUUGCAUGCCUGGAUCUCUCCUAUUCGUUUGGCCAAUUGUAAUCUUCACGGCCAGCGGGUAAAGUCGGGGAUCUCUGGGUUGCUGCCCUCCAUUCUAUUGCGUUUGUUCAUGCUCCACACGACGAACUCGACAUUCAACACCAACACUACGGGCAGUAAUCGUUCAGGCAAGUUAAGACGAGCCGAUCAGGAUUCUCUAAAGUCCCAGGAUGUAGGGGGAUCCCAUUACGCUUCGCAUGGAAAGGCCGGUAAGCGAAGCUCGAACUCCUUCUCACGGCGAGAUUCUCGCGAGGAGGCAACUCGGAAGCUUAGGGGAAGUUUUUCGGAACCACAUACCAAGCGUACACCAGAAACAGAGAUAUCCGAAAAUUGGGUGGAGGUGGGCUGCACUUCGCUGGGUCCUAUUUUGUUGGAGGGAGCUUCGGCUCUACCCAUUCCGGAUCACGAACUGCAUCUCGUGCAGCACAACUUUCUGCGUGAGCACGAUGCCAAAUUUAAGCGACUGUGGUUCCUGUGGUCCAAUAAUGGAAGUGCAUUGUCCUCUGGCAGUGAGAUCUCACGUUGUGGCUGUAUCGGUGGAUGUGCCUUUUUUGGAAGCAAUCGAAAUGGACAAAAAUUCUUCAAGCCAACGGCACAGGAUGCCCAUGAUAACUACAAUAUUGCGCGAUACUUCAUCAUCAACAACAAUAAGGACUUUGGUUUCGGCGAAAGCAUUCUGCACCAGGGUCAACUUGUCUUCCACACCCCGCCCUACAGUCUUCAUUGUGUUUCCCUGUACGACACAGCCGAUUUUAAUGGCAAGGGCCGCCUGUACAGACCAGCUGGAGAUCUGCGGAAUGGAAGUCUGAAGAAGACGGAUCUCUGCUCUUUACCCGAUGGCACCAAGUUUAAGAUCGGGGCGAGUGGAACAACUGGAGUUGAGAAACCUGAGCCCAACUGCCGAAACAAGUCUCGAGAGAGCAUUGGAUCACCGAAUACGUUGGAAAGGAGGACCAAGCGGUAUCCGUGUACUAGACAAACUUCCGUGGAGGUACCCUACGCCCGCCUGCUGGAUAGUCCCUCCAAGAAGCUGCAGCUGCAGCACGAAGCGUCUGCCGGCGACGCGGGAAGUAGCCAUCGACGUGGCUCGGAUUCAAACAGGCUGCGGGUUUCACCACCUAAGACUAGCAUUUCCGACUCCAGACUGACAGGGGAUGUCCUCGAUGAUGAAACAGAGAUACCGGAUGAAAUGUCGCACUCGGCUCCUCAUUCACAUCCGCUGGAAUUUGAAAUUGCCGAUAUUGCGCUUCAUGUCCAAGGACUAGGUGAUCACCUCCCACGAGAGGUGCAGCGCACUAUAUCUUUGACAUCGGAGAACCCCUCAGAGAUGUUCUUCUCCGCCGAAGAAGAUAUAUCCAAUGUAAUGUCUCAGCGGGGAUCUAUGAAGCAGCGAAACAGUGUAAAUAGUGGAUCCGUAGUGCUGUCUGGAAAGAAGCGAUUCUCAUCGGAUCUCAGCAUUGGAGCGCAAAACGAUAAUGGAAGUCACACAUUACCCACAUAUCGCAGCGAUCUAGAAAUCCACGCUCCCGACGGCAACAAAACACUUCCAAAGCGCCCGCAGAGCACCACAGAACUGAACGAAGACGCGAGACGCAUUCACGGUCUUGCUACACCAAUACGAAAAAUAACAAAUAUCUCAUCUCGUCCUGAGUACCGACAUUUUGUUCAUGAUGCCGAUUCUCGUGGCUCAUCGUCUGGCACCCCAUCACUGUCUUCCAACUCUUUCAUAUCGGCCAUGUCUUCACAAGAGGAUGUGGCAUUGGUGAAUCUGCACCAGCAGGUCAACAGGCCAAUUAUCGACUCACCCUUGCUGAUGGCCAGCUACCUAAACCAUUUGUCGCAGGUGAAGUGCUUCAACUGGAAUGGAUGUUCCUUUCCCUUGGGUCCAGAUGUAUUCUCUACUCCACUCUUCUCGGAGAACGAAGACGGUGGAUUGACCUACAUUGGCAGCAAGAUGCUGCCCCACUUUGAUCUCUACUCCUGUUGGCGGGAGAUUAAAGUGGUUCCUCGAUACGAAAACGCCACUGGUAGCAACAGCUCGGCCACUUUUAUGGGCGGACCCAAGUCUCAUCCCUGGGACCCCAGUGUGCUCCUAAAGGAGGAGGAAUCGGACAAGACUACAAACGGUUUUGACGAUGGAGAGUUUAUGAGUCUGCAGGCGGAGGGAGGAGCGGUCUGUACCUCGGUGGUGGCCAGGCUAAAAGGUCAACUGAAUGUCUUCCUUACCCCGCUUCUGCUCGAGGGAUUACAAAGAAUGGUGGAGGCCGCCGUCCCAACAAUUCAAUCAAUGCACCUGCUCUCGGUGGUGAACUUCAUCCACACCUCCUGUAUCGCCAAGGUGAACAACGACAAUAUCCUGAAGCGGGAUCAGAGCUUGAGCUACUGGUCGCAGGUUCACUCGAACUCCAAGCGAUCCACAACUGAAAGACAUCUUCAGGGCCCCGGGGACUCGUUCCUCAGCGACGUAUAUGAGGAGAGUAUUUCCACCAAAACUCAGGGUCUGAUUGUCUUGCCGAAGGUCAGCAUCACCAUGCUGCAGUCCUCCAUUGUGGAGGAGAUUAUCUCAGUGGCAGCUUUGGAUAAUGUACAAGAUCUAAGCUGCGUGUCACUGCUCACCUUUUACAUGGAGGGCAUCUCCACGAAGUUCCACCUGGGAAAGACGACGCGUGCGUCCAUGCACAACGUCUACAUUCAGCAAACGGUCCAGUCCGGAAGCAGUAACAAAAAGGGUGGCAUCAUGAAGGGCACACGAGCUCUUUUGGCACAUCUUUCCUCGCAGACGCGCCCCGACAAUGUUCAAGGAGAGCCCAUUCUUAUUGAGACAUCGGAGAAGCAGUUGGAGGAGCUGGUGAUAACGUUGGAUAUCGGAAGAGCUCAUGCGCAACUGCGACGCCUGAAGACAGAAGGGCAGUCCUGCACCCAGGACUCGCCCAUCAUUGUCACUGCCAUUCCAGAACACAAGAGCAAAGUGCUGUUUGAAUGCCUGAAAAUGCCGGAAAGCACGGGCAUCGAAAGCAUUGGCUACAUUAUGUUCGAGUGUGGCUUGGAGGGCGUGGGUGUGAAGAUAGUUAAGCGAUCGCACUUUGAAAAGUCCGAAAACAGCAAAGAGGAGUUGGCUGAAAUGGCGGGAGCUGGUGCGGGAACCGGAACCUCCGCGGGGGGUUUCAAUCUUAAUGAUUUGGUGGGCCAAGGAGACGGAGCCACAGGUUCUGGAGAUGGAGGAGCCACUUCGAAAGCUGAAGCCGCAUGGAGGUUGAUAACAAAAAAACCGCCUACACCCAAAACUCCGAAGGAGAAGUUUCAACCUGCUACAGACAGCAGCAUUGCGGCAGAAACCUCUGGGACUGAAAAGGGAAAAUCCACACCCAAACCUCCAGAUGAAGACGUGGAAAAAGGAACCAACACAUCAAAUGCUGUGCCAGGAGCCCAAAAUCCAACUGCAGGGUCAGGAACCAACCCCAAGGAUAACUACGACAAGGUUCUGUCAAAUGUCAAGGAAACGGAUAAGACUUCCUCGUGUGUGAUUGAACUAAAAGCGGUUUGGUUCAACUUCGCCGCACCACCUUGCGUGCCUAUUACCCGAAAGAUUGAUCUGACUCGACUGGACUGGAAUCUCUUGAGCACGGCCUCUCCGGCCAUCACCGCAUGGAUGAACCCCAGUAAUCGACUGGCCAUGAAAAUAGUAUCCUUGAUGAAGGCUCUUCACACGAGACAAACGGCAGUGGCUGCUUGUCUUAUGGCGGAGGCCAUGGACAACGAGAAGAUCCAGAGAAACCCCAAGAUCAAGAAGGUAACAAAAGAGAGUCGGUACGCCAAUAACUACACGUUGCUGUCUAAGACGCUGCAGGAGGAUCCCAGUUGCCAGCUCUGCUACAUCAUGCAGAAGUUGGUUCUCGAUGAGGGCGUUCAGAGGAUAGAGACGAUAUUCAAGCAACACGAUGUUCCACAUCUGAACACUCUCAGACAGGGCAUUAUUGUGCUGAGCCGGCAGUGGAAGAAUACUCUUUACAAUCCGAUUCUGUUUGAGCAUCAGUACAAGAACAAGCUGGCGCGACCCAUUAACGUGACCUUUUCGUUCCCGCAAAACGAGGAGGAUGCGGAGAAUGAUGAGUGCGAAGGUGAUGUUGAAAUGGGCGCCUUUGCCGGCGUCGGCGAGAAUCCGGAAGAGAGUGAGAAUGCAUUAUUACUUGGGCAAACACAGCAUCAUCGAACUCACAUUGGUGUUCCUUAUGGCCAUGAUGGUGCAAACCAUGGAACCGCUUCCCAGCGAUCUACUUCCACUUCGCCGAAUAUACACCAUCCUCGGCGUGGCUUAAACAAAGUGCACAGCAAAGCCUCGAACUAUUCACAAGGCAAUUCAUCUCGUUCCAGCAUUCAGAUGCUGCCCAUUAUUUCCGGGCUGGUGGAGAAGCAGGUUCCGGAAUUCGAAUACGGUGCCUUGCAAGAGGGAUCCUUCAGUUCCACAAACUCGGUAAAUAAAUUCUGGCUGGGCGCCGAAAACCACAAGGAGGAUUUGUACUUCUGGAUGGCCAAACAGCAGGAUAACAAAAAGAAGCACUUCACAGAAAAGGAAAACGCUCGCCCGGCUCCUCUGAAAAUGACUGAACAUCCAGGACAAUCUCGUAGUGGCAUAAUGCAGGAUUCCAUUAAGCUUCUGGAUGCCCACCUAAUCUUUGAACCACUUCUAACCUGCUUGGGGGUUAUGCCACAACAAAUGAUCAACAAGUUUUCCAACGCGGACAUUUCUUCGUUGGAGAACUUUGGCACCAAUCUGUCCCUGAUUGGCACGUUUGAUUCUAUUCGGGUGGACAUUGUGGUCAGCGAGGCGGGUGACAAAAAGAACUCGGCCCAAAAGCCAGCUAAACUGAACAAAAAAUCAAACGGUGGCAGGGCAUCCAUAAUGAUGGACACUCCCUUGUUCUUAUGCGAGCGAGUGGGUGUGGAAUUGGAAGUCUUAAAAAUGUCUGAUGGCAUGGUGGAUCAGGCGCGCCAGAAUGUCAUCUAUAUGUCGCGUCGCCAGCUUAAGAAACACACCAGCACAGUGAUUAAUUUCAGUCUCAAUGUUAGGUUUAUCUCGCAGCAGGUAAAUAUGCCGCUGCUGAGGCUGCUGCAUCAGAUCUGCAAUAUGUAUCAAAACGUUAAGGAUGCCCAGAACGAGUUUCACGAUCAGCCUGAGCUAAGCAAAAAGAGCCAAACCAAAGACGAGUGCAGUUUGGCAUCAGAGCCCACAGACAUCGUGCCAUUUAACUCGAUGUCCGAACGCUUUAGCCAUGGCGAAAACUACUCAGAUGAACGCUACGACAAAUUCAACGAAACGAUGCCCACAAUGUUGGCAAGACCGCGUCCAGGAGGUUUGGCUCCCAUUAUUCAACUAACACCUUCUCCAAAUGCCAAAAACAGGCCCCAAAGUUUCGCCCAAAAACUUCGAUCCACCGGGAAAUCCGUGAAGGGCAAGCUAGGAUACACGAAUUUGAAUGAGUCUAGUUCAUCGCCACUAAGGGAUAGUCCAACAAUGUCGCUCCACGAACAAAAUAUCCUCAAAAUGUCCACCGAGUCGAAAGCAUCGCUAAAUGGUGCUUGUGCCACCAGUGUUAGUGGGGAUUACCAGAACACGCUGACCAAAGCUGGAAUGCCGACGAUGGCACCGAUGUUAGGGACGCCCAACUGCUGGAAGACAAUCUACCACCUAUUGGAGUUGUAUGGUACCAUGCCGGAGACCAAGACUGUGGUCCAAAGGAGCUCGUUGAACGAACACAAAAGCAAGUCGGCGGGCUUUGCUCACGACGAGGAUGACUUGGUCAGUGCACCAACACCCUUACCCCAACAUAGGGAGAUGUUGCUGGUAGAUGCUCCAUCCCAGGAACGAACACGCCUAAUAGUUUUCGGUGUGGCCAAGAUUCACAAAACUCGCCUGCUGGCCACGCUUUCUGGCCUCAAGCUGGAAUCGGAGAUCACCACCCUUAACAGCACAGCCACUUGGAGGAAAAAGGCUCGUCCUGUGUCCUUGGAAUGCUCUCUUACUGGCCAAGUGGGACGAGCCAUGAUUGUGCUGCUCGAAGGGGUGGCUCCCAGUCAACAAACCGUUGUAAAGGUAACCGUGGGCAAAAGCCAGACACUUUACUCGAGCCUUUCAAAACGGGGAAAGGAUAAAAACAGUGGCCUGCUGUCGAUUGGAGCUGUUAACAUAGACAUACCGCAACAUCCGGUGGCCCUGCAUGGAAUGAUGACUCGAAGUUCUAAGCAGUUGUCGUCCACUCUACAGGAGCUACGUGUUAAGCGUAACUCAGGUCGGUCCACGGUGCGUUCGCAUACUGCCGAGGAGCCGGAGUCUCCGUUCCAUGCCCGCAAUUCUGGGGGAGCCAGCAGUGGAACUGGAGUGGCCAGCGAAAUGCGGGAGCGCACUGUUUCCGGCGGAGCUGGUGCCCAACAGCAGCCACAGCAGGCGGCUCGUCGGGCAGCACACAUGGCGCAAUCCAAAACGGGCACAGCACAGCACCAGAACGGAUUGCUUCAGCCCCUGGUCAUGCAGUUCAACGUGCUGUUGCAGAGUCUGUCCAUCAAUGCCGCGCUACUUCCUUCGCUGCAGGCUCAGUAUCGCAUGAAUCAUGUUAGUUCCAUGGGAGUAACUGGGCAGAGAGCAAAGUUCGUUAUCGAUCUUCCCACGCACACGCUCAGCUUUAACACCAAAAUUCAGAACGAGAUGAACCUGCCAUCGGAAGCUUGUAUUGGCCUGCCACCUGUUCAUGUUUUGGCGGAAUACAUUCCAGACCACCGCCAGGAUCACACGGAAAAUGUCGAGGGCAUUGUGCUGCGCCAAGGUGGCUAUGUGAACGCCAGUGCUGAGAUCGGCGAGUUCGAGCGCUGCCUGACCACAGAUCUGCUAAACCAUCUGGUCUUUGUGCAGAAGGUGUUUAUGCGUGAAAUCAACGAAGUGCUCCAGAAGGUGUACGGAGGUGAGAAACCUGUGCCACUGUGGACGGAGGAGAGCGGCGAUAAUUCGGGAGCAGUGCAGGAGUCCUCGCUUAAGCGCAUCCUCUUCUCAAUCAAUAUUUCCAUGAAACGCAUCCAAUUGACGGCCACUACGCCCUGCUCUUCUGCGGUUCGAUUUGAAACCGGAAUUCUGGAGUUGCAGCUGUCCAACCGCGUGAAGAACCUGGGGGAUAUGAGCAAUCGCAAGCUCUUCUUUAAGGCCCACAUAGAUUUUAAUUUGUCCCUGGGUCAGAUUAUCCGUAACGUGAUUUUCGACGAGGCCGAGCCGGAGUUCCAGCAGUACGCCUUCUUCCACACAACAAUCAACUUAAGGAAUGCCUUCCAAGAUGAACUGCUCAACGAGGACAAGGAGUUGAUUCUGCUCACCCUCAAGAGACCGCUGGUCUACGUUCAGCCAAUUGCCGUGGACAAGGCGAUCCUCGUGUGGCUGAACUACAAGAAUGCGUACGAGUACUGGGCGGAGAAGCGCGCGAACCUCUGCCACGAGCACGCUCAGCACAGCCUCCUUGGUCAGUACUCUGGACAGCAUCAGAACCAGAAUCUGCAAAAUCCACAAGUGUUCGAUCGCGUGGCUUUUGGCCAGAUUGCAGGCUCAAAUUUGUCUACGCUCUUUCUGCAACUUACCGUGGAGGACAUGGGCAUUUGCUUGCCCCUGAAACAAGUCAAUACUACGACAUUUGGAUCCCGGUCAUAUCAGGACUUUGAUGCCAAAGGUGCAGUGGUGAUCACGCUAGAAAACACAAUAAUCUCGGCCUGCAACUCGGGGGCUUUGGUUUCUAAAGGAAAGUUCCAAGGACUGUGCCUGCGUUUUGCCGAUGAUUUUGAAACCAAUCUGGAUGACUGGAAACCCAACAGUGCAGAGCCCAUUAUGAACGUUUGCGUUGUGUCUGAGGGAACCUUCGAGGUGUGUUCCCGCACUACAGCAGCUAAGAAGGGCGAGAACGCCAAGUGGCUGCUGAACGUGAAGUGGCAAAUGGAGGGCGUGGAUAUUCACCUGGAUGUGAAUAUUGGAAAGCAGCUAAGUUCUCUUGGCCACACUCUUACCAUGCUCACGGGCUUUGAAGAGGAUGAGACCCAAAUGGAAUCACCCGACAGCGAUGAAGGAGAUCAGAGCUGCAGAGAUACGUUUGUGCGGCGGAGAGGAGACUUCGACAACUUGCCAGCGUUUGUUUUUGAUCCCACAAUCGAUUCCAAGAAGCGUUCGUUUAUGAUGGAGAAGGAGAUGGCCGAACAGCUAAAGAUCAUCAAUGAUUUGCGCACUUUGGGAGCAUCACAUAAUACAGUCGCCCACGAGGAGAGGCGACUCCAAGAGCUACAAGCCAUCUGUUACAAGUAUUUCCGUAGAGAUAUGAUCCAAAAGUGGAAAAGGCCUUCGUUAAGAAGGUCACUGAAGACCUAUGGUCGCUCAUAUUCGUACAUUGGAUCUGGAUCUUCAGUGACUGGAGUUGGUGUUCCCCAAACAAUGGACAAUGGUAGCUAUACUGGCAGAAGACUGGAUACAAUUGCCUCCAAUGAUGAGAUAUCUAGUUUGCAAAGCACACCGGCCUCUUGUCAUUCCCGUAGUGCUUCCUUAAAACAUACGGCAGGCGGAGGAGUAAUUGGAGGGGGAGUUAAUGCUCUUGGACGAGUCACAUUCACGGAAGCUAUGCGGCAGACUUCACUACCCAAUGCCGACACGGAUACAGAGACAGCUGACAAUGAGCUUGAUUGGCGAGGUGAUAUCACGCCUAGUGAGAUUGAUGUUGAUGGCACCUCCGUGGAAAUGCGACGCAAGCAUGGACAUGGUCAGAAGCAGCCGGAACCCAACAUCGACUUCGAACUGGACAUUAAGGUACUGGUGAACUCUGGAAAAUGCGUGCUCCACACGAAGGAUACUGGAGAGGAGCGAGGCUACGCUGGUGGAUCGGGAGCAGCUUCAAGUGGUGUGCCAGCCUCAAGUGUAAAAUCCCACAAGCGCGAGAGAAGCAUAGGCAACGACUGGGGCAGUCCAACUCCCUCGAGAAGGCAGAGGGACAAGAGCAAGCUGCGAUACAAUGCCAACGCAUUGCUAGCCGAUCUUACCAUUUUCCAUAUCCCAGGUUUGGAUGUGAAACUUCACUAUCAGUCAAAAACACUGGCCGAGCAACUAACUGGAGAUCAGUUGCCAACUGGACGACGAAUGGGCAGCAAACGAGCAACUUUGUGUGCGUGGAUGACUUUACAAAGUAUUCCAGAGGAAACUAUCAUAUCUCCCCAUAUUUUGGAAUUCCUAGAGCAGACUCUAGAGCCCAUUCCUGCUCGUCAAUCCAGCAGUGUUCCGCCGACUCCCUCCCACAAUACAGGUGUUAAUCUGGACAUACUGCCUGCCAACUAUGUGACUUAUGCUUCAUUUCCGGUGGAUGUUAUAGUUUACUUUCAUAUGCAACCAUCUACCUUUAGAUUUAGUUGUCUGCCAGUUUCUAGAGUGGAAUGUAUGCUUCAGCUACCUAGUUUGGAUAUUGUAUUCAGUUCAAAAAGGAGCAGCGACGAGGAAAACUCAGCACAGCCAGGGGUUCAUACCCAACCAGAUCAGCAGCUUCCCACUGGUGGACUAAGUGUCACAGGCUGCCUUGCCGACUUCAAUGUGUUCAUAUUCCAUCCGUAUGGUGGCAAAAAGACUUCUAAGGAAACACAGUUUUCGCCUCUGAGCGACAGUGAAAGGAAGGAUUCGUUGAGUAUCAACGUGGAGUUCGUUAAGUUCCACAUCACGCGUUGCAGAAAGGUGUACAUCGAACCUUUGCCCAGUUCUAAGAGAUCUCUUGAUCAAUCUCGAGCCGUGAUACGGUUCUCUACCAUUGUGGAUAUUGGUAGUGCCAGUUUUAAAUACGACAUGAGGAGACUGACUGAGAUCCUAGCCUUCCCCAAGGCUUGGUAUCGCAGGAGGAUUGUGAGAAGGCUUUUCCUGGGUGAUCUUAGUGUGCAACAGCAACAGCAGCAACAGGGAAAUGGCGCAGAAACACCAACUGGCUGCUCACCUGCUACUCCAACGCCCAGUGAAGACGCCUCUAGGGCUAAGGAUAAAAUGCGCCUUGACUUUGAUGGACAAACGUCGCAACAACAGCACUUGGGCCACUUCGGAGCUGUAAGACAUUUAAAAAAUCUGGGCAAGUCCUCCAGCGCUGAGUCCUCAGGAACGCCUCCCUCUGAAAAGAACCAAAUCACUGCCUGGGAAACUUUGGUAAUCUUUGCAGUUAAUUUUACUAAACUGAAUGUGCAAAUGAACAUUGGUAAUGUGUGUGGCAAUGUGGUCUGGCUCACAAAAGACUUUCAAUCGGAUGGACGUCUUUCCAUCGGAAGCACUGGCUACAAAAACAUGUAUGCUGGGAUAUAUCUGGGGGGAUCUGCCCUAGAUGCCAAAGGUGGUAUAGUGGGUGGUAGUUUCGAGGUGAACAAGAUCAACAAACGAUUUCACAUCAAGGAGGAGGCGGGCAUGGAGCCUUACCAUACCAUGGGACUGAGUUUUAUGGCCCUGGAACUGAGACUAGAUUACAUGGGAACAUCAGUGUUGAUGACCCGAAUUAGCAGCUUCUCAGCUGCCAUGAAAGAUGAGUGGCGAACUGCUUCCCAAGCGGCUGCAACUCCAGCACAUGGCAAGGACCAACCCAGAGCCUUGAUCUUUAUUCACGGCGAUCUUACCUGGGACCAAUUGCAGAUCAUGAUCAGCAAGUCAACUACGGCAGAUCUAUUGAAGAUGUACUUUAAAUUGGAGGAGUUCUUCACACAGCAGUUCAAAUCCUCCAAGAGGGUGUUCUCCAAUCUGGAACCUCGCUUGCAGGAUCGCACUGCCAGCAUCAAGAGACGUCAGCAGCUUAAGAAAAAGCCUGCAAAUGGAGAGCUUGUUGCUCCGCCUCAGAUUCAGGGUUUGAUUGGCGAAAAUACAGACGCACGUCAUCACCGCCAUUGGCAGAAGCCAUUGGCACAGGCGGUAGGUCUGGUUGUGCCCUCACUAGUGACCCGUUUGCCACGUCACGGUAAUGUUUUGGGUGGCACCGUCGAACUUCGGGGACAGAAUAUCUCCCUGGCUUGCUUCCACGGAAUUAACUUCAAGUCUAAGUCGUGGGCCCUGUUCAGUUUGAGAUCCCCAUCCAUUAACUUUGCAACUGAGGCGCGGCAAAGCGAGGACGAAGUGCUGGUCACCCAGACACUGACCUCUUCUUUGGGACAGACAACGGAGGUGCAGCAGCAGCAAAACCACUCUAUGGCGAUCGUGAGUCGUAUCUCCAGAAACAUCAUUUUCCCGCCUCAGUUCAAGACGCUUAAUGAGUGGUUCCAUUACGCUUUUGCAAACAGCGAGAUUGAUGCUGUGGAUCGCUUCCCCAUGCUGGAAUGCGAGCGGGAGAUCGCCUCCAAUUCUAUAGAGCGAACACGGGCUUCUGGUAGCAGCAGCGCUGCCAAGGCACAGGAGCACAACCACAACCGCGAGGUCAUCUUCGCCCUGCCCAGCCUGCAACUGCAUUUCAAGACUGAGCACAAACAGGGACCAACCACACCAGAGCCAAGUGAAAAUAAGCCAGAAGUUUUGUGCAGCUUCAUCACUGAAUUCGAUGACCACAUUUUUGUGACCGUCGACGCGGACGCCUUCUUCUUCCUGCACGAUCUUAUCACAUCCUAUGUGACUGAAAAGGAGAAGGUGAUCGGGGCUCAGUCGGCGAGGGCAGCGUCGCCCAAUCUCUCGCAGAAGGCUAACCUGAAGCCAUAUCUGACUGACGAGAUACUCAAAGAGAAAAAGGGUGCCUCAAACACGAACCUGACUGCUCAGGGCAAGCAAACUAGCGGUAGCAAGAGCAGUUUGGACCCGCUGCAAGGAAGCCACACGAGCCUAGCGAACGCUGCUGCCAACAUGUCAGGGGCAGCGUCAACGAACACGUCGACAACCACAACAGCCACAACCUUAUCACCUGGAGCGGCAGCUGGUGGACCAUCGACAAGCGCAAACGACUGCACUGAUGGCAAGCAGCAGCAACAGGAGGGUUCCACGCCGACCUUUGAUCUCGAAUCGUUUGUGCGUGACUGGCGGCACUUUGAGUGCCAGACGUGGCACUUGGAACCGACAGUUCGCCUACUCUCCUGGGCGGGAAAGUCCAUUGAGCCAUAUGGCGUUGAUUACAUCCUAAACAAACUGGGCUUCAGCCAUGCACGCACCACCAUACCAAAGUGGCUGCAACGCGGAUUUAUGGAUCCGCUGGACAAGGUGCAGGCCCUGCUGAUGCUGCAACUGCUGUUGAUGGUGCGCGAGAACAAAGUGGAGCGUGAUGGUGGGGCAAGUGGAAGUGGCAAGCAGCAACAGCAGAACCAUCGACCCCCAACGAAUUAGCCAUGGCAGAGUAACAUCUAUGACAGUUGACAAUUACCCAAAGUCCUUCGAUUUAGUCUAAGUAGCGAUGUAUAGAUUUUUCACAUGUGUAAACUUUUUAUUAUUUAUUACCCUGGUCGACCUAGCAUGCUUUAAGAUUGAAACUGGUGGUAUUAUGUGGCCAGUAAGGCAGCUUCAUAUAUAAUGUAAAUGGUUUGCUCUCGUUCCCCUUCUUUUUAAGCGUAUCUGUAUACCCUUUCUAUAGGUGUAAUGUCAAGUGCUUCGUGUAAUUUGCUCAAUUUUUGCGCUUUGUAACUAUCAUUACAUGGUUUUGUUAUUUUAGAAAUUACUAGCAACAAUGAGCAAAGCAAUUGUGUUUAAGCUAUAAGUAGAUCUAAAUCAAUAUACAUACUUAUAUUAUAUUACAAAAAAAAUGUGUAAGUGUAUCCAUAAGUAUAUUGAAUAAAAUUUCGGAAAUGCCUACCAAAAAAAAA